AUGGCAGGCAAUUUGAUAGCAAUGCUUUCAGGGAAUUCACGAGAAAUAUGGGCAUAUGACAUAAAUUCUCCUCAGUGGCCCAUCCCCAAACCAACGUCCAAACAGAGAACUGCGCCUAGAACGCCGACCAAAGAGACACCUUUCACGCUUGCGUUUGGUACUGAAGCUGUAUUUCCAAUAGAGCUGCAAGUCCCUACACAUCGAGUCCAGUUCAAUAGCGAGAACACCAAUGAUGAUAAACUGAGAAGUAACCUAGAUGCCCUAGAGGAAGUAAGAGAAGAAGCUCAUAUUCGUACCGCUGUAUAUGAACAGAGGGCGGCUCGCUACUACAACCAAAGACUCAGGGAAAGGUGCCUAAAGAUAGGAGACCUAGCGUUGAGAAACCUGGAAGCCACUGGAAAAAGAGCUGCAGUGGGAAAACUAGCGCCUACCUAG